AUGCAAGGGAAUCGCGACGGUCCCUGGUCUCUAGGCGCCUCCGGGAACGGUGGGAGCGGCAGAGGCAACGGUGUUCCCGGUGGUUAUCUUCCUCAAUCGGCGAAUCCAGUGUUUCCCAAUUUCAAUGUUCAUCAACAACCAAUUAGAUACCCUCUGCCUCAGUUUCCGGCGAGUUUUUACCGCCCUAAUUUCCCAGACUUACCUAGCUUCACCUUCGGAAAUGCUAAUCUCCAUACCCAGCAGAAUCUCAACUUCCCUCUCCGUCAAAUCCCUCACCAAUUCGGCGCCGGCGCUAAUGUUUACCUUCAAUCUCAUGGACAAAGCUUCUCUUUCCCUCCCCAGUCUCUCCCUAGUAUCGAUAUUGAUGUCUCUCAGAACCGUGGAUCGACCGGAGUUGGAGCUGGAGCUUUCGAGAGCUCUUCAUUGAAACGAAGGCGUCAAGAGGUUAUACAGGGGACUGAUGUGGUCGUCAAAGAGGUCCCCAAUUCUAAUUUCGCUAUCGGUGAUGAUAGUGGCGGGUCUAGAAUCCAAGGAGGUAACGGGUCAUCGGAGAAGUCUUCCUCAAAGCCAAAGCGCAAAGUAGAAGUCAUGCGGAUCGAUAAAGCCGUCGACAAGACGCGUAAAUCAGUGAUUGCUUCUGGAGAGAGCGUCUCUUCGACUAGAGUGUCGCGAUCGGUUCUAGAAGAGCUUCAGGCUGAUUCAUGGCGUUCCUUGGGUGUGCAAAUGCAAGAUGUUCCUUCACUUCGCCAACUUAUGGCCCUUGAAGGCAAGGUUAAUGCAUUUAUUCACUGCUAUGUUGGGGCUAGAAGAAUCGUGACACUACAUGAUUUGGAAGUGGCUAUAUGCCGAAACGAGUUUGUUGAUUCUUUCGAUGAUCUAGAGUUGGGACCUUUGACGCAGCAUCCACUAGUCUUGCUCUAUUUUCCAUCCAUAUCCAGCUCUUCUGACCCAGUUCAGAUCACUAGUGAGGAGAUAAUAGCGUUUCUUGAUAGCUAUAUGUGCACCACAGAUGAUGUUAAGCUUGAUGGAUUCCUGAGUUUCGUUGCUGAUAAAAAAUCAGUUUCAAGCAAGGAUAAACUUGGUGUGCGUAUUCAGAGUUUGCGGAUGUAUGUAUCUUUCAUUCAAGACGCAAAGAGACAAGAAGGUGAAACACUGAAAAUUUUACUGACUGAACUGCAUCAGAAGUAUCAGAUCCCCUCAUCAAAGAAACAAUCGAGAAAUAAAUCCCUUACUGUCUCUGAGCGUGCUGACUCGUUUGCUUUACAUCAUAAGGAUUAUUGUGGCAAGCAUAUAAGAUUUGAUUCAUCAAGCUCAGAUGAGAAUGAUAGUAUUGAUUAUGAGGUUAAAAAUCUUAGUAGUUCUGACCAUAUCAGUAGUUGUCCAUAUCCAUCUGUUGCGGAAGAAAUGAAGCGGCUUGGGGGCUCCAAUAAGAAAAGGAAGACUGAAAGUAAUCAUGAAAAAUCUGAUUCUUCCAAAGUGCGUAGAAGAGCCCCCUCUAAAUUACAUAGUGGGAAUGCGAAUCAAGAGAUACCUAAAUCAGUUGAUGAUUCUGAUGCUAAGAAGGUUUUCAAUGUCGAUGAGGCUGAUUUCACACUCACUGAAGGAGCUUUGAGAGAGUUCAUUUCAAUUUGGAAGGACAACUGUAAAGAGCUUAGCAUUUCUACAUGUGUCGAGAGAAUGUUGUCUUUUUACAACUUGGGUGGCUCUGAAGUACGAGCCCAGAAUAAAAGAGCUAAAGCAAUGUCAUCAUUUCCAUUUGUUGGAUUACUAAAUGUCGCUGUAACCUCAAUGAAACGUGGGAUGUAUGAUAGCAUAUAUGAUAAUUUGCAAACAACGAGCCCUAGUGAUAUGACUAGUCCAGGCUCAGGAAAUCAAGUAGAUGAUAUUAAGCCAAGUGAAAACAGUGAGCUAAACAAAACUCAGCUUGUUGUGCCUCCAAAACACAGCAACACUGUUGAAGACAUUAUAAGAAGGCUUUCCUUGUAUUUUGAGCAUGAUAUUUCUGGAGAGAAGCACAUUAGUAUCUUUAGGAAGCUACAGACUUGCGAGGUUUUGUUGGCAGAGCAAUUUCAAGUACAGGAUUUUGAGUCUCUUGGUUGGGGUGGGUUUUUCACUUUCUUGGAAAAACAUAUGUUGCUGCUACCAACACACCUUCAAAGAUUUCUAGCUAGAGAAUUACAGGAAGAGUCUCCCUUGGAGGUCCACGUUAAUGAAAAUCUGCUGACUCUAUUGUUAUCGCAAGCUUCGGAAUUUUCAGGUGGUAAUGUAAUAUCUAGACAGAUGGUAGCUCGAAUGCUUGCAGAACAAUUUCCAUCAAUCAGUUUCAAGGUUGUAGGAAACGAUUCAGAAGAAAAUUUCACUAGAAUCAUUGGUAGCUACAAGGAGAAAUCUGGUUCUAAAUGUGUUCUCUUUUCUGCAACAUUGUUGGGCGCGGAAAACUCUUUGGCCAGUAAGCAUUUAGAAGAAUCCUUGACAGUAGGAAAUGAUACUGACUCAAGAAGCAGACCUCUUAGUGCUGUUUCAUCCAAAGAGGUCUUAGAUGUUUUGCUUAGGGUUCCGUUGUUGUCAGACUUAAACUCAUGGUGUCACUGGGAUCUUAAGUUUGCUCCAUACUAUGGUCCUCUUUUGGAAUGUUUAAAUGAGAUUAAUUCGAAAGAUCUGUUGUGUCUAGUGACAAGGGAUGGUAAGACUAUCCGGACAGAUCCUUCUGCAACAGCAGAUUCAUUCUUAGAGGCUGCUCUUCAAGGAUCUGCUUACCGUACUGCUGCGCAGUUGUUGUCGUUGAUAUCACUGAAUGGACGAACACAUUUACCAUUUUCCCUUCUAAAAUGCUACGCCAAACGUGCAUUUGAAGUAUUUUUAGAUAACCAUUCUGUGGAGAUGGAGGUAAAUGAUAUAAAUUCUCUUGUGGCUGUAGAACAGAAAACUAAAGUGGAUAAAAGUGAUUAUGCUGCCUCAAAGUUUCUUCUUGAUUGUCUGGGCUAUUUACCUGGGGAGUUUCGCAGUUUAGCUGUUGAUGUCUUGUUAUCGGGACUACGUUCUGUUGUUAAAGAUGCUCCUAUAAGAGUUUUGUCUGCAUGCGAGAACACAGAGCAGCGCAUCAUGCUGCAUGAUGCCGGAUUGGUUCUAGGCAUUGUUGAGUGGAUUAAUGAUUACCAUGAGUUUUGCUCAUCAUUUUCCCCGAACUCUGCAACAGUGAAAAAUGCCUCGUCCAACUUAGAUUCUGGCUCAGGUUUUAUGCAAAAAGAAUCGGAGGACCUAAUUAAUUCUGACCAAAGAUGCAUGAUCGUAUCAGAGAAAUCGUGUGAAAAAAAUAAAGAACCUUAUGACUCUUGUCACACUCUUGGUGGUGAUGGGGCUUUAUGUGAUUCUGUUGGGGAGGCUUUCACUCAAACUGCACCUGAAUUUCUUGAUAAUCCAGCCUCUGUUAUUGAUUUAAUCAGACGGGAUGAGUUUGGGCUGGAUUCAAGUUCUUCUGGUGCUGAGACGAGUAUGCUGCAGAAACAACAUGCUCGGUUAGGAAGAGCACUUCAGUGUUUGUCCCAGGAAUUGUAUUCUCAAGAUUCCCACUUUAUUCUCGAACUCGUUCAAAAUGCAGAUGACAAUAAGUACCCUGAACAUGUGGAACCCACACUCACAUUCAUUCUUCAGAAGACUGGUAUUGUUGUUUUAAACAAUGAGUGUGGCUUCAUGCCUGAGAACAUCCGGGCCCUGUGUGAUGUUGGUCGAUCAACAAAGAAAGGAUCUGGUGGAUACAUAGGGAAGAAAGGAAUUGGCUUCAAAUCAGUGUUUCGGGUUUCUGAUGCUCCUGAGAUCCACUCAAAUGGUUUCCAUUUUAAGUUUGAUAUAAGUGAGGGUCAGAUUGGAUACAUUUUACCCACUGUCGUACCUCCUCAUGAUAUUGAAUCACUUACCAACAUGUUAUCUGGCCGUGCUUUACAACUGAAGGAUGCAAGAUGGAACACUUGCAUUACACUUCCUUUCAGAGCCAUUGAUUCCGAAAAAACAACAGUACAUCACAUUAAGCCUAUGUUUUCAGACCUUCAUCCUUCUUUAUUACUCUUCCUACAUCGCCUCCAGUGCAUAGUAUACAGAAACAUGCUUGAGGAUUCUAUCGUGAUCAUGAGGAAAGAGGUUGUGAGUAAGAAUAUCGUAAAGGUUUCAUGUGGGGAAAAUAGCAUGACAUGGUUUGUGGCAUCAGAGAAACUAAAGUCUGCCAAUCUUCGUGAUGGCGUUGAGACAACCGAGAUUUCCAUAGGAUUUACUCUUGAUUUGCUGGAGGAUGGAACUUACAGAUCAUGUUUGAUUCAAGAACCCGUUUUUGCUUUUCUUCCUCUAAGAACUUAUGGAUUGAAAUUUAUUAUACAAGGGGAUUUCAUUCUUACAUCAUCGAGGGAGGAUGUUGAUGAGGAUAGUCCUUGGAACCAGUGGUUGUUGUCAGAGUUUCCGGGUUUGUUUGUGGGUGCUCUAAGUUCCUUUUGCAGUCUUCCUUCUUUCACCCAGAGUCUAGGUAAAGCUGUGUCCUCAUACAUGCAGCUCGUACCUCUCGUUGGGGAAGUGCAUGGGUUCUUUUCUUCUCUCCCUCGUUCUAUUAUAUCUAGAUUGAGAACAACAAAUUGUUUGCUGCUUGAGGGAGACGGUGAACAAUGGGUUCCUCCUUGCAAGGUUUUAAGAAACUGGAAUGAAAAGAUAAGGGUUCUUCUUAAGGAUGGAUUGCUUCAGGAGCAUCUUGCUCUGGGCUUUUUGCACAAAGAUAUAAUUUUGUCAGAUUCCCUGUCAAGGGCACUGGGCAUUGAAGACUAUGGACCUAAGACUUUGGUGCAGAUUCUUUCUUCAUUGAGUCACAAGAAAGAUUGUCUGAAAUCAAUGGGCUUUGCGUGGUUAUCGUCUAUUCUUACUGAACUUUACAUUCUAUUCCGAUCUUCUAGCCAAGGUAAUGUCGAGUUAGGUAUAGAUAAGACUCUUAUAGACGGCCUUCACAAGAUCCCAUUUAUUCCCCUGUCAAAUGGUAGGUUCACCUCUUUAGAUGAAGGCGCAGUAUGGUUGCACCAUGACUCCACUGGGUCUGAUCUUGGUGAUGUAUUUGAAGCAUUUCCUCUAUUAUAUGGAAAUCUCCGUAUAACUGAUCAUUCCCUUCUUUUAGCGUCUUCUGUUGAUGAAAAACACGCUGGGGAUGACCUGGUCAACAUGCUUUGCGCAGUUGGUGUUCAAAAGCUGUCAGCACAUGAAAUCAUCAAAGUGCAUAUAUUACCAGCCUUUGAGGCAAAGGGUAGAGGUACACCGGAGGGUUUAAUGGUAGAUUACUUAUGCUUUGUGAUGACACAUCUACGAUCUGGCUGCCAUGCUUGUCACAACGAGAGGAAGUAUAUUAUUUCUGAGUUAAGAAGCAAAGCUCUGAUAUUAUCAAAUUAUGGGUUGAAACAGCUAGCUGAGGCGUCGAUUCAUUUCGGUGAAGAAUUUGGAAACCAAGUUAACAUGAAGAAGCUUACCAAAAACUUGGAUUUAUCGUGGCAUGAGGUUGAUGGUACCUACUUGAAACAUCCAGCAUCAAAAUAUUAUGCAUGUGGAUUGAAGGAGUGGCGUGAAUUUUUUCAAGAGAUUGGAAUAGCUGAUUUUGUUCAAGUGGUUCAAGUUGAAAAGAGCAUUGCUGAAUUCUAUUCUGUUUCGAAUUAUGAAAAGUAUGAUACCAACUUGUUAUCUCCCGAGUUAACUGUUAGAGACUGGGAAUCCCCGGAACUUGUUGAUCUCUUGUCUCUCUUGCACAAAAGUAAUGGCCGCAAAGGUUGCAAGUAUCUUUUGGAAAUCCUUGAUAAACUGUGGGAUGAUUGCUACCAUGGAAAAACAACUGUUAACUUUAACUUGGGUACAAAUGGUGUCAUCAGAUCAUCAAAGUCUUCAUUUAUGAGGGUAAUUUGUGAUUCUCAGUGGGUAGUUUCAAGCAUGGACAAGAAAUUUCAUCUUGCAAAAGACCUCUAUCAUGAUUGUGAUGGUGUGCGGUCAAUACUUGGCAUGAAUGCGCCCUAUGCAGUACCGAAGGUUACAAGUGUCAAAUUACUUAAUGAUAUUGGUUUCAAGACCAAAGUUUGCCUUGAUGAUGCUCUGGAAAUCCUAGAAGCUUGGGUACACUGUGGAGACUCUUUCAAAUCAAGCAUCUCUCAGACAACCAGAUUUUACAAGUUUUUGUGGAAUGAAAUGGCUGAUUCAAAGCAGAAAAUUACUGAAAAGCUCCAUACAUUCCCUUCUGUUUUUGUCCCACACGAAAUUGGAAGUAGGCAGAAUGAUCUGAUAUCUGGAAUAUUCUUGUCAGUUGAUGAUGUUUACUGGAAUGAUUCUGCUGGCGUUUUAGAUGAGAUAAAAGAUAUCGGUUCGCAGAUCAGCAGCGUUGUGGAAUCAUUGCAUCGGAAAACAUUGUGCAAUAUCUAUCCAGGUCUCCAUGACUUUUUUGUGAAUGGGUGUGGAGUACCUGAAACGCCUUCUUUUCAAGAGUACCUUAAAAUUCUAGGGCAGUUCGCCCAUUAUGUGUCACCCUCAUGUGCUGCCAAGGCUGUCUUCAAAAUUUUCCUGAAGUGGAGUGAUGAUUUGAAAUCUGGAAAAUCUUCCGAAGAUGUUGUUCAUUUUAAAGAGAGACUUUCAGAACUCGACUUCACUGUCCUUCCUACUGAAAGUGAUAAGUGGGUUUCCUUACACUCAUCGUUUGGUCUCGUAUGUUGGUGUGACGAUGAGAAGUUAAAGAAAAGAUUUAAAAAGAAGGAUAAUAUUCAGUUUAUUUACUUUGGGGAAAAUGUGGACGAAGAGCAAGAAGUGCUUCAAACAAAAGUAUCUGUGCUGAUGCACAGCUUGGGAAUUCCAAGUAUUUCUGAGGUGGUAAAGCGCGAAGCGAAAUAUGAAGGUUUGCGAGAUAAUAGUGUAACAGUGUCACUUGUGAACUGGGCUCUGCCUUAUGCUCAGCGAUAUAUGUUUACUCUGCAUCAUGAGAAGUAUACCCAAACAAAAAACACUGUCCAUAGUCAAGUCAAGCGGCUACAAGUCUUUGUUGUUGAGAAGUUGUGCUAUAAGAACGUCAUACCACAAUAUGACAUAAGCUCUAAAAAGGAGUUCAAAUGCAGCUCUCUUCUGCAGGAUAAAGCUCUGUACACAACACCACAUCUGGAUUCUCAUUCAUUGUUCAUGGAACUGUCUCGACUGUUUUUCAACGGAGUUCCUGAUCUACAUUUGGCAAAUUUCCUUCACUUGAUCAAAACAAUGGCAGAAUCUGGAUUGAGAGAGGAGCAAAUGGAAUCAUUCAUUUUGAACAGUCAAAAUGUUCAGAAGGUUCCUGAUGGUGAAAAGAUCUGGGUCCUAAAAUCUGCUCUUAAAGCCAAGAAAAAAGCUGGAAUAACCUUGAGCUGGUUACCUUCAAGUUCCAAAACAAGACAUGGUUCUAGCGAGACCCACAUUGAUGAUUCUAAACGAGAGCUGGCCUCUGGUCAGGCUAGCAGCAGCGAAGAGAAUGUAACAGAGGCUCUUGAAAAACAAAUACCGACUGAGAUCACCGAUACAAACUUGGUUGCUGGAUAUGAUAAUAGUGCAGGCACAAGUGCACAAGCUACUCAGCUAAAUAUAUUGCAAUCUAUGCAUACGAACAGUAGCUCAACGUCAGGGAAUCAAGCUGAUUUUCACCUCAAUCCAAACCUUCUUCAUGGAUGGAACAAUUCCGUCUCAGCUGACUUCAGCGAAAGAGAUCAACUUCACACCGGCACACCUUGGGCUGCACAAGCGCUACAGACGGGUAAAAAAGGUGAAGAAAUCGCUUACAGAUACUUUGCUGCAAAAUACGGCAAGGAGGCUCAGGUUAGAUGGGUUAAUGAGCAGAGCGAAACCGGUUUACCUUACGACCUGUUGAUCGAAAGCCAAGGUGGUAAAAUAGAGUACGUGGAGGUGAAAGCAACGGUGUCUACAAGGAAAGACUACUUCAAUUUGACUGUGAGGGAAUGGCAGUUUGCAAAUGAGAAAGGAGAGAGUUACAUUAUUGCUCAUGUUUUGUUAGGAAACAGUAAUGCAAUCCUCACACAGCAUAGGAACCCUGUCAAGUUAUGCCAAGAAGGUCUUCUCCGGUUAUUGAUUCUCAUGCCUAACCAGCGAAACGUGGUCAAUGUUGCAUUUUAAACCCAAUCAGAUUCUUCUUUUUUUUUUAAUUGCUAGAUGAGGUUUCUUUUUUAUUCUUCUGAAAAUUAUUAAGAUUAAAGAACCUAGUCACAAUGCAGAGCAUAGUAAUUACAUCUGGAACAUAAAAAUGAUAAAC